CAAGGUCAGGAUCUGCUGCCUGCUGUAACAUCAUUUCAAUAUUCAUGUUUGUUGCAGUAAUGUAUUUUUGUCUAGAGAAAAUUACUUCUUUAAACGUCUAAUGUAAUGUUUUAUAUGUUUUGUAUUGUUUAAAGUUAGACCACAAGACACCCAGGUUGCUAUCGUAAUAAAUUGUAUUAUUUAUUAUUGUUCAACUUUUUUAAAAUUUCAUUUUACAAAACACUUGGAAUAAAAAGGAAAAUGUAAACCUUUAGUAAUGUUUUUAGUGAAAAGUUUAUGUGCGGGGAUUGUGGAAAUAAGAAAGGCUUUUAAAUGUUGAUAGAAGCUAACAACUAAAUAAAUGUUUAUGCAGACAAUCAUUCAAGACAGUGAUUGCUUUAUUUCGAUGUGUUUUAAAGUGCAUAUCACUCAAAAUAACUAUGGAUCUGUGCACUUUUGAACGCAUCUUCCGACGGCGGGAAUUUUCAGCACUAGAUUAAAAAAGAAAACGCAAAAUUACAAUUAUGGUGCUGAUCAGCAAUUUAUUAGGUGCAGCUUGAGACAUUUUUUUGUAUACAGCUUAACGUUUUAAGUUAUUGCUAUUAUAGUAUAUUGUUAUUACGGUAUAAUUUAUUUUACAAACCGAGGUAGCGUUAAUAUUAAAAGUAAAAAUGUCUGCUAGCAAGACGCGCAUUAAGAAAAGCAAAGAGGAAACAGCAGAGUGGACAGGGUUAUUUCAAGGCGACUUGAAGACCGAGCAGGCGUCGCUUGUGUUUGUGAAGAGGAUGAUGGCUGUGGCCGUGUCCUCCAUCACUUAUCUCCGGGGUAUUUUUCCAGAGGACGCCUACAGGUCCAGAUACUUGGAGGAUUUGUGCAUUAAAGUCUUGCGUGAAGACUGCAGCACCCCUGGAGCAAACAAAGUUGUGAAAUGGAUGAUGGGCUGCUUUGAUGCAUUAGAAAAGCAAUAUCUCCAGAUUGUGUUUAUUGGGGUCUACACAAACCCUGAUGAUCCCAAUUGCAUAAUUGAGUCCUACCAGUUUAAAUUUAAGUAUACAGAAAAGGGCCCAGAGCUAAACAUCCUCAGGAACAAUGCUGUGCGGAUGCAGGUGACUCUAGAGGACACCAAAAGAGCAUCUGUGCUGCUCAUCAGAAAGCUCUUUUUGCUUAUGCAGAAUUUAGGCUCCCUCCCCAACAAUGUCUACCUGACCAUGAAGCUUUACUACUAUGAUGACAUGACUCCUGAGGACUAUGAACCCCCUGGCUUUAAAGAGGGUGAAUGUGACAGUCUGUGGUUUGAAGGCACUGCCAUUCACUUUAAGGUUGGCAAUGUGCAGACACCUUUCCACACUUUGAGGGUGCGUGUCUCUGCAGAACAAGGUCGACUGGCCAAGCUUCAAGAAGGGAACUACCUGAGAGACAGCAAACUUGAGAAAAAUGUCAAAAUGGACUAUCAAAAGAAGGAAAUUGACGAAGAGGAUGUCCCUUCAGAAGAUGAGUCUGCGCAGUUCAAGAAGCCCACACAGCCUCUGGCAAAGAGAAAGGCAAUGGGCAAGACACAGGCCAAAAGGAAAAGAAUAAUCUAAAAUGUUUCUAUAGUGAUUAUUGAUAAAUUAUCAUUGCUUUGUUGUAAACAUUUUAUCUCAUAUUUAUUAUAUUGCAAAGUAAGGAUUUAAUAAAAUAUGUUUAUGUUGUUUAAAAGAGGUCAAGCAUUUUGCUGUU